UCGAUUUCCGCGCCAGGGUCGUUACAAUACAUUAGGUCAUUGGAUUGUUUACAGACAAUCACAGAUUGUCAUGUGUUGGGUGGGAAGUCACUCUCAGAGUUUAGUCAGCAACACGUGACAACGGAGGGCGCUCUGAGCGAGCUGGGAUUGACAUAGGUAGUCGGACUCCAUUUAGCUUGGGAACCAGUCAGACCAGAUAUGGCAGCCAACAGGGUCGGAAGGACGCACGCAGAUGAAGUCCACUCGUCAGAUUUGGGAACGUCUCCGGAACACGGAGGCAACCUUCAGAAGAGACAAGCUCGAGUUACUGUGAAAUACAACAGAAAAGAGCUACAGAGGCGACUAGACGUGGAGAAAUGGAUAGACGACUGUUUGAACGAGCUGUACUUGGGCAAGGAGGAAGACAUGCCAGACGAGGUAAACAUUGAUGACCUGAUAGAUCUACCUAGCAAUGAGGAGCGAGUGAAAAAGUUACAGGAGAUCCUUCAGACAUGCAGCAGCAACAACACUGAGACCUUCAUCGGCGAGCUGUUGGUCAAGCUGGAAGGCCUUCACAAGCAGGAGGAGCUGGCUACAGUGGGCAUCGAACACCCCUCCCUUUGCAACCACCCUCAGCACCGCCAUGAGCCGUACCACUUCAACGACCCCCACUGUCCCCGCACCCGCACCCACACCCACCAGACCCUCUGACCUCACCACACAGCUGACCUCUGACUAGGGGUGUAAAAUUCUUUCCCAAAAUUACCUGGUUUUCCAUAAAUUCCUGUUGGAAUAUUUCUGGAAUCAGGAGGAAAUAAGCAGGGAGGAAAUCCUUUAACUGUUCCCGGUAAUCUUCCAAUCGGGAUUGCUGAAAAAGAUGGGAAUUUGGGGAACAUUUCUGUAAUUUUGUUUCCCAGCAACCCCAUUUUAUCCAUUCCCCCUCCCCCAAAACACACCCUCGGACCACCCUCGGACUCUAUUCACACACUGAUCUUAACAUGUCACAUGAACAACAUCUGUUGCCAUGUUGUCCAGGCACUUGGGAUCACAUCCCACUGGGCCAACUUUGUCAUUUCAACAUGGAGAAUUGGGUAUUUGCUAGAUAUGUUGAUCAAUGAGCUUUCAAACCAUUUUGAAAAAGACAGCCAAAAGUUUGAAUUCCCAUCUAAAAGCACAACCAAAUUUAUUUAGUUUAGUAUAUUUGUCACCUUCUUUUUUAACAAUUUAAAAGCACAACAAAGCUAAAAUUGUUUAUUUAAAAAACAACUUAAUGUGUUAUCAUUGUGAUUCAUUUAAUAGCACAACCAAAUUACCUGAAUUCCAGUUGAUUACAUUAAAGUACAUGGUGCAAGUGA